AUGGUCGAAACCGAUAGCCUAAGUUUUAUCUUGUCUUGCUGUUCCAUACCAUUUUACAUCAUUGGACUCAUCGGCAAUGUGUUGGUCAUUCACUUUCUCUCAGGAUGUGUUGGUCAAGGGGAUUCAAAUAUCAAUCUAGCGAGGAAGAUUCACUUGAUUGUAUUUGACGCUCUUUUUUUGAUACAAUCGGUAGUCAUGGUAUUUUGCUAUGGUUCCUUGAUCAGAGGUCUCUACUUCACCAACGCAGAAUGCCAAGAAACUGAAACCACUGAUGGCGAGAGAAGAUCGGAGAAGAAGAAACUUGUUAUCACAUUCCCUCUAGCGACUGUCGGGUUUUUGAUCGGUUAUGUACAUUCCAUGGCCUUCUAUACAGUUGUUACAUUUCAAACCAACGCGAAUAUAGAUAUCAACCUGUACUCUGAUCUCGAGAAUGGGUUUCAGUUUUUGUUUGGCUACAGUCUAUGUUUAAAUCCACUCGUUUACGCUUUUCGAAGUGCCCAUUUUAAAGAGGGAUUCAGACGCGUUCUAACAACUUGUUGGAAAGCCAACUCCACAGGAUGA